AUGUCGACGUUCGCGCACGUGAGCGCGUACUGCUGCUACUACAACUACGCGAGGCUGCUGCGGCGGAGAGAGACGCCGCCGCGUGGCCUUGGCGAGGCGGCGAACAAUGGAAGGACAUCGGUCCGUAAACAGCACCCCGGAGGCCACCAGGCGUCACAUCAGGGCAUCCGACGCGACGGUCUCCACGUGCACGCCUCCUUCCGCGCGUCGCAGAUGAACGCCGACGACGCGGCGCAGAACCAGUGCCACCAAGCGGCCGACGGCGGCGGCGGCGGCGCCAGCGCCAGCGGCCCGGGCGCCGCCACCACCCUGGGGUCGACGGCGCUGGGCGCCGCGCCGGCGGCGCCCGUGACCGAGCUGGACCGGGUGGUGGCGUACGCGAACCGCUUCGCCAUCAAGCUGUUCAAGCACGUGGCCGCGCUGAACCCCCGCUCGACGGUGUGCAUCGGCCCGUUCGCCGUGUUCAAGACGCUGUGCAUGGCCUACGCCGGCGCGCAGGGAAACACCGAGAGCCAGAUGGCCAAGGCGUUCAAGGUGAACAAGCGCUUCGACAUGCCCGCCGCUUUCCAGACGCUGCUGUUGUUGCUACGCAACAAGGCGGCCGAGGUGCGCCAGGACAUGGCUUGCCACGCCUUCGUCGAGCGCAGUCUGCCGCUCGCGCCGCAAUUCGAGGCCGUCCUCGAGAGAAAGUACGAGGCCGAGGUGCGUCGCGUCGACAUGAAGGACGAACCGGACAGCGUCCGCGAGCAGGUCAACUCGACGGUCGAGAAGGAAACGUGGGGCGCCGUACCGCAGCUGCUGGUGAGCGGGGUCACCGAUCCGGACACGCGGCUCGUUCUCUGCGACUCGCUCUUCAUCAAGGCCAGCUGGGAGACCGUGUUCCCGGCUUCCGCUGCGGCGACCGAGAAGCACCCGUACACGGUGACCAGCAGCCGGUCCGGAGGCGGCGCCGGGGCUGCGGCCUCGGACCGCGGGCCCGAGCUGAUCCGCAUCUCGGGCGUCUACCGCCACUGCCGGGACUCCGAGAACAAGCUGCUGGCCGUCGAGGUGCCGCUGUGCGGCGGCCAGCUGAGCCUGUUGCUCUUCCUGGCGGACAACGCGCCCAGCCUGCGCCGCUUCCACAAGCACCUCUCGCUCGAGCUCUACGAGAGGCUGCUCGACAAGAUGCAGGACACCGGCGAGCGCAUAUCGGUGCUGGUGCCGAAGAUGCACCUGGAGGAGAUGGUGCAGCCUUCGUACGUGCUCAAGCACAUGGGCUUCCUCGACCUGUUCGACGAGCACGCCAACCUGGCCGGCGUGGGCCAGAACCUGUUCGUUUCGGACAUCAUCCACAAGGUAGCACUGACGAUCGACACCACGGGCGUCACGGCGGCCACCGCGGUGUCGCUCUCGCUCACAAACUUCUACACCGAGGAGCUGCCCAAGGCGUACCGCGACGCGUCCAACACCCGGCCCUUCAUCUACAUCCUCAAGAGCCAGGAGACGGACCUCAUACUCUUCGCGGGCGCCACCCAGGACAUAUGACGGUCAUCGCGUCCAGGUGCCAUGCGCACGGUACACAGAGCGCGUGCGCUUGCGACGGUGGCGCCCCCGCAUGGCUGCGACGGCCGUCUCGCCAGAGUGCAAGGCGGCGUCCCCACGUGUCUGUCACUUCGCAAUGGAGUGUUAGGCUCCGUGCGACUAGAGGCGGCGUGAACUACGUGUGAACGCGCUUCUGCGGGCUUCAGUGACGUGCCACGCAUACCCGAGUGCCCGCGACCGUGGCUUCUUAUUUUCUUUGCGGGUGUGCUUGCAAUACAAGCACGCAGCAGCGCCUCUUAGAAAUAUAGUUUCGAAAGCUUG